AUGGCGUUCGCGACGCAUUUCCGUUCUCUGCGGCCUAAGUUCCGUCCUUUACAUCAACUCCGACACGCCCAUUCCAGCCAAUUCCAGCCCCUCGUGCCGCCAUCACCAAGCUCCCUAGGCAAACCCACCGCCGCAAAAACAUACACACGCACUCGCAAAUGGCUCCGUCGAUUCUUCUACGCCUCGCUCGCAACGGGCGUUGUCUACGGCGUCGAUAGCCAGUUCUACGCCUCGUCACUGACGCGAACGGCGCGCACCUUCUCCCUCGGCCUCCUCGUGGCCAUCGAUUACAAGAUUAAUUUCCGCCCCCCCACCCUCCCUUGGCCAGCUCUAUUGCUGCUGUGCAUGCCCGCAACGCAGAGCGUUUAUCGGAUUUGCUGA